AUGUUUUAUGAUCUGAAUCUUCCUUAUCUUCCUCGACUUGACUUAGUCAAUCAAAAUGAACUUCGUGCAAGAACAGACAUGCUUAUAAAGCUGCUUUACAAACUUGCAGUUGGUUACCAUGUUGUAGCAUAUAAUCACGUUGUCACCGGAAAAAUAUCUCCUAACAAAAUGAACCUUGCCGAUAUUUCCGAUAAAAAAUCAAAGAUCGAACAAUUAACACGUUUAACAUACGUUGUUGAAGAUAAAAGCCAAAAUCAUGGAUUGACCUCAUCAAAUAGUACACUUGCAUCAUAUGACAUUCUUGCAGUUCAUCCAACGAACGAAAAAGCAUUUCUAAAUGCCUGUAGUACACUUGAAAUAGAUAUUAUAUCACUUGAAAUGGGAUCACGAUUGCCAUUUUAUUUAAAGCAUAGUAUAGUGGGAUUAGCUAUUGAACGUGGUAUAUUCUUUGAAAUCUCCUACGCCCCUGCUAUAAGAGAUUCUACAUCUCGCCGUAAUCUUAUAUCAAAUGCGCAAAACCUAGUGAGAGUAUCACGUGGAAAAAAUAUUAUUAUUACAAGUGAAGCGCAAAGAGCAAUGGAAUUGCGUGGUCCUUAUGAUAUUGUUAAUUUAGGUACAAUCAUGGGUAUGAAUCAAGCCAUAGCCAAAGAAUGCAUAACAACAAAUUGUAGAGCUGUAGUCAUACAUGCUGCAACACGUCGAAACACCCAUAAAGCCGUUGUUUCUUUUGAACCAAUUACUUCAUUGAAACCAAACGAGCUAUGGAAGGUUGGAAAAGAUAAAAAAUCGCAGCCACAAGGUAAAUCAAAUAAAGCAAAACGAAUGAGGCCGAAUACUGAUGAUGAGGAAGAGUCGGAAUCUUUCCAGUCGCAAAGCAUGGAUAUGUGA